CUUUGUGCCGAAUAGUGGAAAGACAGAUUUCCGGCACAUGGUGCAUCGUUUGUGGGUGUCAGAGAGUGUUGCUGCCAAUUUGCUCCCGGAUACUUCCGGGAGAGGUGGGAUGUCCCCCUAGUCCCCAUAACCCUUCUGGGAGUCAGGACAAGGAUACGCUACGUUUGUUUGCUUUGCGGCCCCUUUAAAAAGUUUGCAAGACCAUUCUGAACGACCUUGUCCCCGCCCACUCUAUUACGUCAGAGUCCGUCCCGUACGUCGGCCGGAGGACGCUGUUUGUAGUUAUGAGUUGUUUGUGGUAAGCAGGGUAGUGUUUUAUGUAGUUGAAAGCUUGCAUGGUCGAUUUGUGACUUAGAUUAUUAGAAAGGCGGAUAUAUUGUUAGGCAGUCUCGCUAGCUUGUACGUUCCUAUUUAAAACGUAAUUUGGUUUUGGGAUAUUGACCAAAUGUAUGCCGGUAAAUCGCGUCUACGGCAAUUGCUUACAAGAAACGUGAACUCUUGUUUUAAGUGGUCCCUGGUUAACUGGCUGCAGGAUGCUGAAGAUAAAGCAGACACUAAAUAAUUUGAAAUGUUGCAUUCCCAGUACAAGUUAUACAUUGCAAACUUGAAUACCUCUGCCCAUUUUCCAGCCGCUAGAGCCUGUCCGGGGACCUGUAGAAUAUAGAGAAGAGAGAACACAAAAUCACACUAUGGCCAAUUUUCAGACACGCUUUCAGCUAACGGUAUUGUAAUUUGUAAAACACGUGCAUAUUGUCCAAAUUUGGUUUGAAUGAUGAUGUCUGCUAGUAACUGGCCAGUUUAAACGCAAGCUGUUUGAUCGGAUGUGGUUAUGGCACAUCCACCCCCCUCCGGGUCAGUGGUGCUGAUGGACUGGUACAGGUCUGUGGAAGGAAAGGGAUUCUUCUCUCGGAUCAAACGCAAGGAAAAACGCAGGAUUUUCGGUUUGCUAGAAGCCCCUCCAAUUCCGCCUCUGAUAAAUGUGGACACUGUCCGCUAUAAGGUCUUCCUCUCAGGGAAGAGUGGUGUGGGAAAGACUGCUCUGGCUGCUCGCCUUGCUGGUCUGGAUGUGUCUAGCGUGCACUACGAGACCAUAGGUAUUCAGACCUCUGUGGUCUUCUGGCCAGUGAAGCUGAGGGACAGCGGCCAGGUCCUGCUCUUCCGUCUGCAUCUGUGGGACUGUGGGGAAAAUGCUCUGCGCCGCUUUGACCAUCUUCUCCCGACCUGUAAGGAGCAGUUGGAUGCCGUUCUCUUCCUGUUCUCCUUCACAGACCACUCUUCCUUUGAUGACUUACCUGGUCAGAUUGCUCGGGGAUGUGACCCUUCAGAUAAUGUUGUGAAGUUGGUGGUCGGCACCAAGUUUGACCUGUUCAUGCACACGGAUGUGACGGAGCGAGAAGUGAAGGCUUUCCAAGAGCAGUGGGCUGUUCCCGUGUUCUGUAUCGGCGGGGAUGCAUGUGAUGACCUGCAGAAUGUGGCUCCGCUCCUCAACACCCUUGCAGAGCUUCUGUGGCACCAGGACUGCGUGACUGUUGGCGCAGUGCCAGCCAAUGAAUCUGCUGUGGGAGAUACCAGCAGUCGUGCUGGACACUGACCAGACCACAGGCUGGCUUUAAAAAGUUGGUCAUAGCUUCUUUAAGAGUUAGUCCAGUCCAGUCCCACCUGUCUGUCCGUCCAUCUGUCUAAUACUGCCUCUUCUGUAUUACAAAUGUAAUAUAUGGAAGUAGCUGUAUUCGUCAUUAAUAAAUGUUUUGAUAAUUUGCAACAAACCGCUGAAUGUGAAAUUGUCCAAUUCAAAAGGACCCCUUUCUGGUUUGCAAAUGGUUUAGUCUGAGAUGAAAUAUUAGUUUGUGGUGUUAAUUCUUCUAAUUGUACUAAUUUUCACGGUUUGUUGUACUUACUAAUUUGUACAUUUCAUAUUUUCAUUUCAUUUAAAAUGUCUUUUAAAGACAAACUUUUCAUUUUGAAAUUGUUAAAGGUAAAAAGAACUUUAAUGUGCUAUAUUUUCUCUCACCAUGUAUAUCAUAGCAAAGUCUGUAGCAUUUUGGUGUCGGUUUGUAAUUUAUGCUGCAUAAUGUAAGCGGGUGUAAAACUUACAUGUAUGUUUGUUUGCUUUGUGGCACAUUUUGUCUUAUGUUCCUGAGCACCUAGAGGAAAUUGUAGAGGAAGUGGUCUGUGUUGAGGCCCAACUUGCAUGAUGGAAAACGAGUGCGUGGUGAACUUGCAAGGUGUGCCAGUAGCACAGGAUAACGUGCUUUAGACUUGGUGCAAAGCAAGGAAAUGAUGCUGAUGUUCAGCCAUUAGGGGAAAUCAAACUGCAAUUUUAGGUUACUAGUGCAAGUGGACGUUUCAGUUGGCGCGUGAGCGCCACCACAGGCCAGGACUUGAAGUACAGCCAUGUCUGUUUAUAAAGGUGCGAUUUUCAAGGUUUAUUCAAAUGAGCAUUGUCUUAUAUAAUGUCUAAUCUAUAAAAAAGAAAAAAAAAGCUUUGUUUGGCCGUGUCUUUAUUAUGCACUGUAGGAAUGGCAAAUAUACACAGCACAAAAAUGGCAGUGCCUGUUCCAGGAAUUAAAGAUGAUGUAGCAUAACCCCAAAAACCUGGUGCUAUACCGUGUUCUUGUUUUUGAUGUUUACUCUCUGUAAUUUGUGUUUUUGGUGCAGUUAGAACAUCCAGCACUGCAGAGUGGGUGUUGGUUAGGGCAACUAUCAUACCAGCCACUGAAAGGCCUCAACAAACCUGAGCCCUAUUCUAUGGCAAUAAUGUAGGUUUGUGUGUGUGUAUACCGGGCCCCACUCUACUGGUUCUGCAUCCAAAUGGAACCAGAAGGAUCUACAGCUAUGUACAUUUGAUGAUGUCAUCUUGCUUUUGACUCUUACCAGUAGGCUUAUGAGGGCUGUGACGUUACACAUAUUAAAGAGUCGUACUUCAAACGAAUAGAGAUUAACAUGUGACUCAAAGGAGAAAAGAUCAGUGAAUUUCAGUUGGAUUUUCUGAAUAAUUUGUAAGUGGCCUUUUCUUGCUUUGAUUCAUAGAAAAAUCACCAUUCAUGCUUUACGGCUACUUGUAGAAACUGUCAUAAACUUGUCUUAUUCUAAUCAAAUUUUAAGAUGUGUAAUCCUCGGAUGUGCUCACUGUGAAUGUGUUAUACGUCACUGGUCAGUCUUCAGGACAGGUGAAUAUGGUUCUCAGUGGUCUCACAUCUCCUUAGUCACCGCAGGCCGUGUAGGCAUGUUAAGAUGCUUUCUGCGGAAGGCCGAUAAAAUUGUUUCUCUGCAAUAUUCUCAGUGCCCAGUCUGCAGUCUAAGGUACAGGCUUACACUGUGCACAAUUAUUACGCAAGUGAGUAAUUUGCCCAUAUCAUUUUUAUGCAUAUUUUCCAACUUCAAGCUGUAUAAACUUGAGUGCUUAGUGGAUUUAAGCAUAUCAGGUGAUGUGUAUUUGUGUAAUGAGUGAGGGUGUGGCCUAAGGAGAUCAACACUCUAUAUAAAGGUGUGCAUAAUUAUUAGGCAGCUUCUCUUCCUCAGGCAAAAUGGGCCAAAAAAGAGAUUUAAAGGACUCUGAAAAGUCAAAAAUUGUAAAAAGUCUUUCAGAGGGAUGCAGCACUCUUGAAAUUGCUCAGAUAUUGGGGCGUGACCACAGAACCAUCAAACGUUUUGUUGCAAGUAGCAGACAGGGUCACAAGAAACGUAUUGAGAAGAAAAGACGCAAAUUAACUGCCAAAGAUUUGAGAAGAAUCAAACGUGACGCUACCAGGAACCCAUUAUCCUCCAGUGCUGCCAUAUUCCAGAACUGCAACCUACCCGGAGUGUCCAGAAGUACAAGGUGUUCAGUGCUUAGAGACAUGGCCAAGGUAAGGAAGGCUGAAACCCGACCACCACUGAACAAAACACACAAGUUGAAACGUCAAGACUGGGCCAAGAAAUAUCUGAAGAGAGAUUUUUCAAAGGUUUUAUGGACUGAUGAGAUGAGUGACUCUUGAUGGACCAGAUGGAUGGGCCUGUGGCUGGAUCAGUAACGGACACAGAGCUCCACUUCGACUCAGACGCCAGCAAGGUGGAAGUGGGGUACUGGAAUGGGCUGGUAUUAUUAAAGAUGAGCUAGUUGGACCUUUUCGGGUUGAAGAUGGCCUUAAAAUCAACUCCAAAACCUACUGCCAGUUUUCAGAAGAUACUUUCUUCAAGCAGUGGUACAGGAAAAAGUUUGCAUCUUUCAAGAAGACCAUGAUUUUUAUGCAGGACAAUGCUCCAUCGCUUGCAUCGAAGUACUCCACUGCAUGGUUAGCCAGUAAAGGCCUUAAGGAUGAAAAAAUAAUGACAUGGGCCCCUUCCUCACCUGACCUAAACCCUAUUGAGAACCUGUGGGGCCUGCUUAAACGGGAGAUUUACAGUGUAGGAAAACAGUACAGCUCUCUGAUCAGUGUCUACAACAAAUAAACAAGUGAGAUGGGAAAAUGUUCGUUUUUUCAUUUAGUUGCAUAAUAAUUCUGCACACUAAUAGUUGCCUAAUACUUGUGCACACAGUGUAUAUUCUCUUAAGAAAGACAAAACCUCACUUUUGCUUUCUUAAACAUUCAGGUUUAGGUUCAUUAACAUUUUGGAUUGACCGACAGCACCGUAGUUGUUCAAUAAUAAAAUUAAUCCUCAAAAAUACAACUUGCCUAAUAAUUGUGCGCACAGUGUAACCUCCUAAGACCCCACCCAUUCAUUUAUGUCCAUUGUAGUGGACAUUUUAUUUUUCCAUCUAUAUUUUCACUGAUGAAAAGAAAUGUAUCUAUUCCUGUUGUACACUA